CGCUCCGUCGGUUUCGCCUUUGUGCCGUGCGCAGCUGACUCCGCUGACAGCUAAGUGCGAACUCUACGAUCCCGCGGACGGACGGACAGAUAACCGCAAUCAGCCGAGCCCCCGAAGUCCGUGUUUAUCGCAUCGAAAAGCCAUGCCAGUCCUCCUCGUGACUGCGAAGGACUAGAAAUCGCGAGGAAGCAGCUGGCGACUUCACUCGCGCCUGAAAGCAGCGGCGGUCGCGUUUAUGACAUCCAGCGAUCGGAUGGCGUCGACGGGGGCCCCGCUGGGACUUCGGCUACUUCAGCUGACAUUCCGUAAGUGCUGUGAUUCCAUUACGGCCGAAAGGAGGCUCGCUUACUACCGCGGCUUCGUGCUCGUGGCCACUUUCUUGGCCUACACUUGCUACCACAUGACGCGGCGGCCCCUGAGCAUCGUCAAGUCCGUGCUGCACCAGGACUGUCGGUACGCCACGCCCGACGCCUCGAUCGUCGUUACCGAGAACAACAGCCAGACGUGGUGCAACUGGGCCCCUUUCAACGGUGACGACGCUCCGCGCCUCUUCUCCUACCUCGACUCCAUCUACCUCUUCACGUACGCCGCGUGCAUGUUCGUGAGCGGCUUUGUCGCGGAGAGAAUGCACCUGCGCUACUUCCUCGGGCUGGGCAUGCUCCUGAGCGCGCUCACCACGCACAUAUUCGGCAUGGGCUACAGCCUGGGCAUCCACUCGUUCGCCUUCUACUUUGUCGUGCAACUGCUGGGCGGCGCCUUCCAGAGCACCGGCUGGCCCAGCGUGGUGACGUGCGUCGGCAACUGGUUCGGAAAGAAGAAGCGCGGUCUCAUCUUCGGCGUCUGGAACGCGCACACGUCGGUCGGGAACAUACUGGGCGCCUACAUCGCCGGUGCGUUCGUCAACCGCGACUGGGGCCUCUCGUUCGUCGUGCCGGCUGCCAUAUGCGGUCUCGUCGGCGUCUUCGUGGUGCUCUUCCUCACGCCUUACCCUGAAGAGGUCGGAUGCGACACGCCGCGGCGCAGUUCGGCGUCGUUGCAGACGUCCCUCUCGUCCGCGGUCGUUCGGCCGGAAGACGUGCCCAGCGAUGACGGAGAAGACGAAAACUACGCGAGCGGCACCCUGAACGAGGACGAACAGCGGUAUCUGCUGGAGAGGAGACUCAAAAAGGAAAGCGAGAAGAAAGCCGUGACGUUUGUCCAGGCACUGGCCAUCCCCGGAGUACUCGACUUUUCGCUGGCACUGUUCUUCGCCAAGCUGGUCAGCUACACGUUCCUCUUCUGGCUACCCUUCUACAUCCACGCCUCCACGACGUUCAGUUCCUCGAGCUCGGCGUUCAUAUCGACCGCGUUCGACUUCGGAGGCAUCGUGGGGGGCAUUCUGGCCGGCUACCUGUCCGAUCGAAGUGGUGCCAGCGCCAUCACCUGCGUCGUCUUCCUAAUGGCCGCCGUCCCCAUGAUGUUUGUUUUCGAGCACUACGGAAGCGUCAGCCUCACCAUGAACCUGGUCCUCCAGAGUUUAGCGGGCCUUUUAAUUAACGGCCCGUACGCGCUCAUCACAACCGCCGUCUCGGCGGAGCUCGGCACCCACCCGACGGUGACUGGCAGUGCCAAGGCGCUGGCAACGGUCACGGCCAUCAUCGACGGCACGGGUUCCAUAGGAGCUGCAGUGGGCCCUCUCAUAGCGGGACUCGUUCUGCAGUACGGCUGGAACACCGUGUUCUACAUGGUCAUGGUGUCCGAUGUUCUUGCUGUGUUGUGUCUGCUCAGGGUCACCAAGUACGAGUUCCUUCGACUCAGAUCUCGGAAGACAACUCGAAUGUCUCUAAACUAGUCAUUAUUAUUGUUUUUUUAUGGACAACGACUGACUGCCUGUUGUUUGGGGCUGGUGAGACUUGCCCCAAAAUGUUUUAGAACUUCCAUGCUCACGAUAAUCGUGCUUUAGACGAAUUUACAGGUUGUCAAGCAGCUUGCAUUUUAUCGCAAGCGAGACAAAGGGCUACCAGAGGAGUGCCAAGGUAUAUGUACAGGGUUGACCACAUCUUACAGGAACACAUCAUUAGUAUUCAAACUGGUAAAACAGUGUUUAUCCUACUUCACGACGGCAAUCUCCAUCAUAUGACGUCUGAUCACGGUGUCGACAAACGCCAGUAAUGAUUUUCCUAAUCAUGUAUUAAACAUCAAUUUCUGUGAGGUUUUGAAUACUAAUGAGGUGUUCACCUUAGAUGUGGACAACCCUGUACAUUAGGAUCACCUGAGGAUUGUACAUACAUAUACAUAGUAUACAUAAUGUGCUUAUGCACACUUAUACACCAGUGUUGUUUUAUGUGCAAGUGACUACAUUUUUGUUGUCCAGCGAUCAUUCGUCAUCUUCAUUUGCACAUUCCAAAUGACGCAAGUUGUUCUUGCAUGUUGUUUCACCUAAUGUGAACUAACCUCUACUGCAUACACAUUUACUGUGCACUUGUGAAAACCUGAGUGGUUGCAUCAUCGUAUACAGCAAACAAAUUAACCAUGUAAAGAACCAAAUGGUGAAAGUGACAGAGAGCAGUGUGGCAUUGCACCGUAAAUCUGUGCACUUGUUCAUCGUUCUCAUAUGGGCAGCAGAUUUCAAAGAUAUAGAAAGAAAAUUUCACUAUGUAGUGCUUUUGUGUAAGCGUGACUGCUUCUAAACAGUACUUUUAACCACGGUUGUGUACAGGAAUGACCAGGAGAGCUUUCAUAUGUACUUACCUGAAAGGAGGGAACUUUUCUGAACCACCCGCAAAAAAUCAGGCAGGGUACAUUCCAGGAAAAUUGUGCAUUUUCAUUAGGACGGGCAUUAGGAAAUGUGCAUGUGUUUUGAGCAAUAAUGUGUUUGAGGGAUGGGCUUUUCCAGGCUCUGGAGUACGCAUGCGGCCAGCAGUAGUGUUGGUCACAGAAGUUCAUUGUAAUAUAAGGACCUGUCUUCCGGUGACUGCCGAGACUGCACCGCCAUUUCACUGCCAUUAGGCAGACCAAGUGUUUAUGUGAUGUACUGACACUCCGAUACAGCACGGGAACAAAAGAUCUGAAAGGCAGUGUUGUGAGUGCUGUAUACAAGGUGAUUGUUGCAGUUAUUAAAAUACUUCAGCGCAUGGUGUCACUUC